AUGCCAACAUCUUCUGCAAAAUCAAGCUCGAAUGUGAAUUCACGAUUCAAGAAGAAGAUCGAAGUGAAGUGUUGGUGUGAAGAUUUAUGCCCUGUGUUUGUUUCACGCACACCAGAAAAUCCAGGCAAGAAAUUUUGGGGGUGCCCUAAUUAUAAGGGGGAAGGAGGUUGUGGGUUUUUCAGAUGGGUUGACGAUGAAGGAUAUGAAGAGUCAAAAUUACAAGAGCAAGAUAUGAUGCCAGAGUCAAAUCGGAUUACAGAGCAGCGACAAAUGAUGACAUUAAUGCAGAUGGUUGUUGUUUUGUUAGGGGCUAUAUUAUUCUUGCUUGUUCUAGCAGUAUUCAAGAUUUAA